CGGCUAAAGCGGCCCGGGCGCCGGGCGCAGGGUCCGGAGCGGGGCCGGGCGCUGCGAUGCGGGGCGCGUAGCGGCACCAUGGAGAGCGGGGCCCGCUGCAAGAUCGUGGUGGUGGGGGACACCCAGUGCGGCAAGACGGCGCUGCUGCAUGUCUUCGCCAAGGACAGCUACCCCGAGAACUAUGUCCCCACCGUGUUCGAGAACUACACGGCGAGCUUCGAGAUCGACAAGCAGCGCAUUGAGCUCAACAUGUGGGACACCUCAGGCUCAGCGUAUUAUGACAACGUCCGCCCCUUGGCCUACCCUGAUUCGGACGCCGUGCUCCUCUGCUUUGACAUCAGCCGCCCAGAGACGCUGGACAGUGUACUCAAGAAGUGGCAAGGGGAGACCCAGGAGUUCUGCCCCAACGCGAAGAUCGUGCUGGUUGGCUGCAAGCUGGACAUGCGGACAGAUCUGAACACCCUCCGGGAGCUCUCCAAGCAGCGCCUCAUCCCCGUCACACACGAGCAGGGCAGCACGCUGGCACGGCAGGUGGGGGCAGUGGCCUACGUGGAAUGCUCCUCCAAGGUCUCUGAGAACAGCGUGCGGGAUGUCUUCCACGUAACCACGCUGGCCUCCGUGAACAGGAUGCACAAGAAUCUCAAGCGCAGCAACUCCAAGCGGGGACUGAAGCGGGCAUCUCAGAUGCCCAGCAGGACGGACUUGUUGAAUGACACAGAGAUCAGGAAAGACCGAGCCAAGAGCUGCUCCAUCAUGUGACAAAUGGGCUGUAAAUAGGUGUGUGUGUGUGUGCGUGUGUGUGGUGUUCGUUUUGUAUGGUAACGGGCCUAGACAAAGGCGCCAGCUGCCUUCCCAAGGCUUUUCUUUUAGUCUCUCUAGGUCUGAGAGACGCUAGCUGCAAAUCAGGGUGCAUGUGUCACCCCCCCCCCCCACCAUGGAGACUUCUGGAUUGGCUGUUGCUGUGCUGACUGCUUGGGGUAAAGGAACCACGCAGCAGAGGAAUAUUCAGGUGCUGGAAAGUCUGUGCUGAAGUGAAAGGGGGGGAAAAAAAAAAGCAUGUGUGAGAAUCUCCUGUACACACAUCUCCCUGUGUAUGUGCGGCUGUACCCACACGCACACAGCCCGCGCGGGGACAGGUGCUGGGGUCUGGAACGGAGGCCGGGGAAGUGGGGGGAACUGUCAGUGACAGUGUUCCUGGGCCGAAGAAAUAAUAUCACAAUAACCUUUUAGGACUAAAAGCAGCAGGUGAGCCAGUGGUGUCCAGCUGGUGACUCACCACUGGAAGGGCCUGGCUCCGGCUGUAAGGCAGGGUCACUGUAGGAAGUAGGAGAUCUGGGUCAGUGAGCUGGGAGGGGAAGGCUCCCGGGGGUGGACUAUAACCCAGUGGGGUUUUUAGUCAGCCCCUAGUGGAGGACAGAUAAUUUGCCCCUUCUGAGGCAUUUUGAAUUACAUCAAACUGUUUAAAUGGUUGUGAUCUACCCAUGGGGAGACCUGGCCCCAGAGGAGAGGUCAGUCCCAGCCGAUGCACCCUGUGAACUGUGGUUCCCUUUAGCAAGCAGGUGCUAUUUGGGAGAACGUGUAGAGCAGCUGUAACCGUAUUGCUCCCUGCCAUGGGCAGCUGCACCCUGAAGCAUGCAGCAUCCGACAAAGCAAUCCACAAUAACUAACCAAAUCCUGUUCUCCAGCCCUUCCCAGCUGCAGAUCAUGUUGCAUGGUGCCCGUGUUUAUUUGGUUUGAAUCCUCGUGCCCCCCCCCCGCCUCCCAUCUCCACUAUACCAGUGGGAGGGAUGGAACAUCCUAUCUUGCUAGCCCCCUGUAAUCGGCCUGCUACUACCACCUCUCAUGGCUUCUAAUGUCCUCUAAUGCCUUGGACUACAAGCUUAACUUUGACUUGAUGUCACACAGACACUUUAAGGGAAAACACCAACCUCAUUGCCUGGGCCCAUCUGUGUUGAUGGGCUGCAGGAAUCUAAUAAACAAUGUCAUUGGAAAACAGAA